AUGCCGGUGGUGUCAAGCUCUAUUGUUGGAGCACAUGAUGAUGUCUCUCUCAUUCGGAUAAACUCUUCAACCAGAAAUGGCUCCAUAAACUCUUCAACCAGAAAUGGCAGCAAUGACGUGAAAAGCUCAGCCACCAAAGCUGACGAAUACACAGAUGAUGAUAGUAAUAAGGAGGCUGCCUGUAAUAAUAGUAGUAACUGGCUUCGGCAAGCUGCUGAAUUAUUGAACAGUCAGUGGCCCAAAGGUGGGUCCGUGGACGCCUACAAGGAUAAAUGCAUCAAUGAGCAUCCGAUCUCUAAUCGUCAACAAUCUGAUGAUGAAUCCUCCUCUCCAAGCGUGUUCUAUGGACUUCCAUCAAGCUACCUUUUGAUUCACGAAAAUGAGUGCAUUGGUCAUGGCCGAUUGACAGAGUGUUUUGAAAGCGCAGGAGGAAAUGCAGCAGCAGUCACUUUUAUUGUGAUCCAUUCGACAAAGCAAUACCAUGGAUUUGGAAGGAAACUCAUGGCAUUGCUGGAAGAAGAGGCAAAGCGGUUGGGAUAUCAUUAUAUUUAUCUGUGGACCAAGACGGCCAUUGGAUUCUAUGAAAAGAUCGGAUACGCGGAAUGCCAACGAGUCUCAUUGAAACGAGCUUGUCUCAAGAAAUUGGUAUCUGGAGAAGUGGAAUCAUUGGAGGCUCUACUAAUGAAGCGUCAGUCCAAAAUAAACAUGGCUUUAAACGGAACUAACAGUACCAGUACGGCCGGCGAGAAGUGUAGUGCACGGGCGGUAUUUGGUACGAAGAAGGAAACAAUCCUCCUUCCGCCAGAUGACAACGACCGCAACAAUGACGUACCAGAUGUUUGGAUGAAGAAGCGGUUGGUGGAACGAGUUGGAUCUAUUCAUAUACCACUAGAUCAGCGAAUGUUGGAACUUGAAAAGGUUGCGGAUGAAUCUACAACUGAAGGUCAAAACAAGGAUAAUGACAACAGCUGUUGGUACUAUCGGAUUGUGUCAAUACCUUGGCAGGCACAGAUUGGGCCCUCUUGCGGACUCGCUGCAUUACGAAUGGGAAGGGAGUAUUUCAUGGCAUCUGCAAAUAAUGGAUCGCCCAGUGAUGGGGACCAGCAACAGCUACCGUCACUGCUCCAAGAAGCCCAAGAACGAGGUUUUACUCAAGAUGGGGAGAUAUUCGACGCCAAUCACUUGAAGGAGAUGGCAAUUCAUGUAUGUGGUAUUGACUCCGAAAUAGUAAAAGUUCCAGAGUUGACCCCUAGCAAAGUGAAUGCUACGUUAGCAAAAGGGGGUGUCUUUAUACUUCCAUACGAUUCCAGUGCGAGAACGCGGUUGCCAGCGAAGCUAUCGGGCCAAAGUGCGCACUAUGGAAUCAUUGUUGGUAUCGCCCUUGUAGCAGAUAGCUUCAUUGCAGCUAAAGAUGAUAAGACAAUGGGGAAAUUACAACCACUUGUACCGGAAAAGGAGAAGCUCUUGGACGGAGACCGAAGAAAAGUAUAUUUGAUGGUGCAACAUGGACUAUCGCCAAAUCUUUCCAUUGCACCUUGGAUUGCUUUCAUGGAAUCAAACGCACAACUGAUUGGUUUUGAUGAAAGCAAGUUUGGAACAGCCAAGCUCGACCUCAAAGGUCGAAUCGUUGUUUGCAGAGGACUGCUAGAAUCAUAG